AUGGAGCCAGUGGCGGACCCUGGGCAAGAGCACUUGACUGGGACAGAGGCAUGCAGGAGGCAGAAACCACCCAACACAACCCUGAAGCGAGCGGUGGUCUCGCUGCUGCCUGCCCCGUGCAGCCGGUUCCUCUGGAGCCGGCCAGACCAGUACCGCAGCAGCAAGUUCUUCCUGGGCGCUGGCGUCGGGACCCUCCUUGGCCUCGGGCUCUGCGAGCUCCUCAUUGUCCCCAUGAGCAUCACGGAGACACGCAAGGUGCAGCUCUGUUACGGGCUGGCUGGGGCCAUUGGGAGCCCCGGGGUGUCUCUGCGGGACCACGGGGACAGCUCUCUGCUCCCCACAGGGGUGACUGCCUUGGGCUGGGCCAUGUCCCCCUACUUUCGCUGUGCCAGCCUGCUCAUGGCCCCCAAAUUCCUGGGCAAGGAAGGUCGGGUCUACGUCCUCUCCUUCGUUCUCGUCGCCAUCUACAAUGGGCCCGUGGCCAACACCUGGCACAACCUGGAGGAGGUGACGCGCUCGCUGGGCUGCGUGGCGGAGCUGCAGGUCAACCACAGCCGCCACCUCUGGCAGGUGUCGACGGCCCCCCUGCACAGGGUGGUGGAGGACAUGGCGCGGAGCGGGCAGACGCUGAGUGCCGAGACACAGAACAUCACACGUGCUUUCAUGGGGCUGAACGAGGAGGUGGCCAGCAAGGAGGGGUACAACCUGCUGCAGGACCUGGACCCCGAGAUGGCCUCCAGCACCCAGCAGAUGUACGAGAUGAAGACCAAACUGCGCUGCACCUAUGUGAUCGAGCUGGGCAUGCAGCGCUGCCGGGACUGGUUCAACACCAAGCACAAGGAUUGCAUGGCAAAAGUGGUCGUGCCCCUCAUCAACCACCUCCUCUGCCUGCCCAUGAAGUUCAAAUUCCUCUGCCACAUUGUCAAGGUCAUACACCACUGGUGCCAGGACAGGAUCCCUGUGGAGGGCAACUUUGGGCAGACUUACGACCUGGUGAACAACUCUGUCAGCAGCCUCAGCCAGGACUUCAGCGCCAGUGUUGUCUUCCAGGAGAAGCACCGCGAGAUGCUGCUGGGCACCAACAUGUCGGUGCAGCAGCUGAUGGAGGAGGUGACCUCGCACCUGCGGCAGCACAAGUCCCACCUGGGCCAGGCCAUGUCCUUCUUCCGCCUGCUGCUCUCCUGCACCUUCCUCCUUGUCUUCAUCUCGGCUUUCUCCUACACCAAGCGGUACUGCCAGGACAUCUGCUUUGACAACCUCUACAUCACCACCUACUUCCGCCAAAUUGAUGCCCGCCGCAGGAAGCAGCACAAGCGGACACUGCUCCCCCUGCGCCGGGUGGAGGUCUCAACUGUCAUCUUCCCGUGCCGCCUGUCUAUACAGCAACCUGAGCUGCAGAAUAUGGUGAGGGAGCUGCUGGAGUGCAUCCCACCCCUGCUCCUCCUCCUCCUCGCCUGCAGCCUGGACCACGUGCUCUUCACGAUGCUCAGCAUCAUCCAGCAACACUCCUUCGUGCAGUACUCCUUCCACAGCAGUCACCACUUGGCCGUGCACGUAACAGGCAAGUCCUUGAUGGCUCGGCUCCUGCGGAGCACCAUCGGGGCCCUCAACACCUCCUCCGACACCCAGCUGGAGACGUCCAACUUCGCCUGCCUGCCGCAGCCCCGGGGCAUGACAAGGCAGCAGUACAUGGGCAGCUGCCUGCCCCUGGCCGUGCUGGCGCUGCUCUGCCUGGCCCAGGUCUACACCUACCGCCUCCGCCGUGCCAUCGCUGCGUUCUACUUCCCCAAGCGGGAGAAGAGCCGUGUGCUCUACCUCUACAACAAGCUGCUGCAGCAGCGAAAGAGCUUCAUCCACCGGCAGCGGAAGCGUAUCGCCCAGCGGGCACGGCAGCACCCGGCGCUGGGGACAUCACUGCUGGAGUGGUGCUGCCGGUGCUGCCCGUGCCUGCGCCGCUGGAUGCGCCGGAGCUGCACGGUGUGCGGGACACCUGAGAGCCCCCGGGUCCGGGUCUGCCCCGUGCCCACCUGCGGCGCCCCGUACUGCGGGCUGUGCUGGAGGGAGGCGGGUGGCGUGUGCCUUGCCUGCACCCCCGGGGACUGCGGCCUCUCCCAGGACAGCAGCGAGGAGGACAUGGGGUACGCGGCCUGA